AUGUCGAAGCUUUUCCACCUCUUUCCAUUCAUCCUGGUGGCCGAGCCAAGACUCUUGGCCGUGAUGCCCUGGUUGGAGUCCGACCGUAGUGACAGGGUUCCCGUGCGCUUUUUUUUCCCCUCUUCCCUCGCUGAUAUGUUUGGCUUGAGAGGGGGUGUCGCCUUGCUCUCGCUAUGUAGUGGCGGAAGCCGGGAGCCUUGCGCCAGAUUGGGCAAUCCGUCGCCUGACCAGGCCCUGCUCGGCAGCGAGACCAAUGUGUGGCUCGCUGAUCUAUUGGUCAUUAGUCCUGUGCCUAACCCCGCGAGUCUGGGGACACCUGGAACUCAGCUCAGGGUCCUCGUGCACCUCGAUUGA